GUUGAGUUAUCACAAGCAAAAGCAAAAUAUUGUCGUACGAGUCACAUAAAUCGAAUGUGUAAAAUAGACUUUCGUGUACAAAAUGCAAAUUUUCUUAUCUUGAUUCAGUAUAUAAAAGCAGAAGUGUCCUCAACGAUUAACAAUUGAUCUAGAUUCUUUGUGAAAGUAGCAUCAAAGUACGCAAAAAUGACGAAAUUCGGAAUGUGCCUUAUCCAGAAUUUUAGUGGAACCGACAAAACCCAAAAUGAAAAUCGUGCCAUGGACCUGAUCCGCCGAGCUGUUCAAAAAUAUAGGCCACGUUUGGUCGCACUGCCCGAAUGCUUCAACGCACCGUACAUCAAUGAAGCGUUCGAACCGAAUGCCGAAUUGGUACCAACUGGAUCGACUUGCAUGAAAAUGUCGAGCAUUGCUAAAGAGCUGGGCAUUUAUUUGGUCGGUGGCAUCAUGGAACGGGAUCCUAAGAAUCCGAAAACCAUUUAUAACACCGCCACCGUCUGGGGACCAGACGGCAAUUUGAUCACAAAGCAUCGCAAGGUUCACCUCUACGAUUUUUAUGGUGCAGUCGGUUUUAAGGAAUCCGCCACAUUGACACCUGGUAACGAUAUCACCACCUUUAUGAUCGAUGAUGUGAAAGUCGGUGUCGCCAUUUGCUAUGACAUCUCGUCUCCUGAAUUUAUGAUGUGCUACAAAAUGGCUGGCGUUGAUUUGAUGGUCGUUCCGAUGGCAUACGAUCAUGUUUGCUGGGGACCGAAAUUCUGGGAGCUAAUUGGCCGUGCUCGUGCAUUCGAUACGCAGGUUUACUUUGCCGAAAUUUCGGGCGCUAGAAAUACUGACAUCAGUAAGUACGUUUUGUACGGUUACACUCAUCUGGUGGAUCCAUUCGGUCACAUAAUGGUUCAAGCUGCAGAACAGGAGGAAGUUCUUCAUGCAGAACUUGAUUUCGACGAAGUCAAACGUGCUCGUCGAGAGAUUACUAAGACGGCUCACCGACGCACUGACAUCUACGAUCGAUACCUCAGGAAAUAGAAUUUUGGGCUGUUUCAAUAUGGAUACGAAAUCUCUAUUUUGGAAUAAUCUUUCAAGGCAAUGGCAAUUUAUGUUAAUCCAUUUUUUGAAUAAAACAACGAAAGUUCAUUUUACGUGCAUCGAA